AUGAACAUAUCCUUGGAAAAUAUGUGGAUACCAAUCAAGAUUAUUCUCACCUUGUGGAUUUCCAGUGCUCAUGGACAAGGACGAUUUCAAUAUAAAUUUAACAAAGGCUAUAAUUUUGGUGAAGCCAUAUGCACUAAAAAUGGAUGGAGUCCAAGUCCAUCUUGUAAAGAAAUAACUUGUACUCGUCCUUAUAUUCCAAAUGGUGUCUACAAACCUGAAAAACCCAUAUAUAGAGGUGAUGAUUUAAUCACAUAUGAAUGCAAAUAUAACUUUCACCCUUCAAAUAAGGAUACUAUAGUAAAAUGCACAGACACCGGAUGGGUACCAGCUCCAAGAUGUAUUUUCAAGCCUUGUGAAUUUCCAAAAAUAUCACAUGGAGCCUUAUAUGAUGAAAGUAGAUACAAGCCAUACUUUCCAGCACCCAUAGGAAAAUCAUUCUACUAUUUCUGUCAUCAAGACUAUGUGCCUCAAUCGAACCGUUACUAUGGCCUCAUUAACUGCACACAAUCAGGAUGGGAGCCAAUGCCAACAGAACUUUGCCGCAGAAAAUGUGUUUUUAAUGACUUGGAAAAUGGAAAAGGUCCAUGGUAUUCCAAAACAUAUCAACAAGGUCAAUCUAUAAAAGCUGAGUGCUAUCGUGGCUAUAGUCUACCAAAUGGAGAGAGCUUUAUGACCUGCACAGAAAAUGGUUGGGACCCUCCUCCCAGAUGCAUCCGCAUCAAAAUAUGUUCAAAAUCAGAUAUAGAAAUUAAGAAUGGCUUUUUUUCGGAAAGUAACUAUGAUUAUUCCCUAAAUACACAAACACAAUAUAAGUGCCAACCAGGAUAUAUAACAGAAAAUGGUGAAACAACAGGAUCAAUCACAUGUCAGCAGAGUGGAUGGUCAGAACAACCAAUAUGCAUUAAAUCUUGUGAUAGGCCAGUAUUUGAGAAUGCCAGAACACAAAGUAAUGGCACACGGUUUAAGCUCAAUGACCGGCUGGACUAUGAAUGCGAACCUGGCUAUGAAAACAAAGAAGGAAGGACCAUGGGUUCCAUCGUAUGUGGUCACAAUGAUUGGUCUGAUAAACCUGAAUGUUUUGAAAGAGAAUGCCUUGUUCCUGAAUUGAAUGAUAUGUACAUAACCGCUGAUUCCAGAAAACUAAAAUAUAAAAUUGGAGAGGUGUUGAAAUUCACCUGUAAAAAUAAACGUGUGAGAGUUGGACCAGAUUCGAGUCAGUGCUACCACUUUGGAUGGUCCCCUAAUAAUCUAGCAUGUAGAGAAUACGUAAAAUCGUGUGGUUCACCCCCUCAACUUAUCCAUGGAAAAACUAAGGAAAUGCAGAAAGAGAACUAUGAACAUGGUGAAGUGGUGGAAUACAUGUGUGAUUCUCGGUUUCUGAUGAAGGGUGCUAGUAAAAUUCAGUGUGUUGAUGGAGAAUGGACAGAUUUGCCUAAAUGCAUUGUGGAGGACCGAACAUGUGAAAAUAUACCUGAACUUGAUCAUGGCUUUUCUGAACCUUCUAUUCCUCCUAUUUAUCAUGGAGAUUCAGUAAAGUUCAGUUGCACAGAAGGAUUUACAAUGAUUGGACAGAGAUCAGUUACAUGCCUCCGUGGAAUGUGGACCCAACUUCCUAAAUGCAUUGCAACACAUUUGCUUCGGAAAUGUACACCAGCGAGAUUAUUUGCAACUAAUCCAAACUUAUUAACUAAAAAUGAAUUUAAUCAUAAUGAAACUGUAAGUUAUGUAUGUAAAAGAACAUCAGAAACAAAGUACUCAACUUGCAUAAAUGGACAAUGGGAUCCUAAAAUAAAUUGCAAUGAAAAACAAGUACAACUAUGCCCACCUCCACCUCAGAUUCCCAAUACUCAACCUAUGACAACCACAGUAAAUUAUCAGGAUGGAGAAAAAAUAUCAAUUCUCUGCCAAGAGAAUUAUCUCAUCCAGGACUCCGAAUCAGAAGAAAUCGAGUGCAAAAAUGGAAUUUGGCAGUCAAUACCACACUGUGUGGAAAAACUUCCAUGUUCCCAGCCACCUUCUAUUGAAAAUGGAAACAUUAUGUCAUCCAACUCUUCACUUACGCCCAACAUGUACCCGCAUGGCACCAAAUUAAGUUACACUUGUCAAGCUGGCUUCAAAAUACUGGAAGAAGAUUGGGUAACAUGCACUAUGGGCAAAUGGAGUUCUCCACCUCAGUGUGUAGGACUUCCUUGUGAAUUACCACCUGUGAUUCCUCAUGGUGUAAUUCAGUCCCAGAAGUUUAAUGGUUACCAGUAUGGAGAAGAAGCCAUAUACAGAUGUGAUGACGGUUAUGGAAUUGAAGGACCUGCAACUGCAAAAUGUUUAGGGGAAAAAUGGUCCAGUCCACCAGAAUGCAUAAAAACAGAUUGCUUAAGCAUACCAAAAUUCAAUAAUUCCAUACUCAUAGGCCCAAAGAAGAGUUUAUAUAAGUCAGGAGAACAAGUGACUUUUAGAUGUGCAGAUAAUUACCAUCUAGAUGGAUCCAGUUUUACUCAGUGUAUUAAGAGCAAAUGGAUAGGAGGGCCAAUAUGCAGAGAUAUUUCCUGUGGCUCUCCACCUGUAGUCGAAAAUGCUAAAAUAAUGAACCAGCUGACAAGGUAUCCACCUGGUGAGCGAGUGCGUUAUGAAUGUAAAAAGCCUUUCGUGGUCUAUGGAGACUCAGAAGUGCAGUGUUUAAAUGGAAACUGGACAGAUCCACCUCAGUGCAAAGAUAGAGUAUAUCACUUCCCCUGUACUACUCUAUCUACAUUUUUUAUACCAGGAAAAUAUGUUAGGAUUCAACUGGAAAAUGCGGUACCCCUCCACCAAUAG